AUGGGAUGGUGCUACGGAUGCGGAGGGGCCUGGGAGAGGGUUGUCUGUGGAGUGAGGAUUCUUAAGACACCAGGUUCACCUGGAAGCCGUCGAACAAAACCUAGAGCAAAAGGCCACCGCUCUCUCGCCAUUGUCCUCGUGCACUCCUACACCUACCCAGAGCACAAAUGGGCCAUCGGCAAUCUAGCCCUCUCCCUCGGGCUCACCCAUGUGUCAGAAUCGACGCAGCUCCUCCCGAUGAUCAAGAUGGUUCCGUGUGGUAGUAUGUCUUCAACAGCCAACAUGUACCUCACAUAA